UGGUAGCCCACCCUCCAAGAGAUGGGCGAGCCUUCCUUUGCCACGCCAGGAGCCUUAUUGGUCUCUUGGAGGGUGCUUCAGAGGCGCAUCCUUUCGCAAAAGGCAUUGUCGCCACCUUCAAAGGCGUCAUCAUGUAUGAACUCGACAGAAGGGAGAACGAGGCGCGUGUCACGACCGUCAUGGUGGCACAAACGGAGAUGAUGCGCAUUUUGCUCGAGCUGGACGAGCUUAACAAGCGCCGGGGAGGAACAUUCGCCACCGAAAGUGAUAGCAAUAUAUUAGCUGACGACUUGUAUAGCGACUUGAUGAACCGUAUUCGUACCGAUAUAAAAGAAUGUUCGAAUACUAUCGACACCUAUUACAAAGAGAAGAGGCGCAUCGGCAAAUUCUUUAGGGCGAACGAAUGGAAACCUUGUAUGGAGGACUAUGUCAAGACCUUCCACAACCACCGUCUCAGCUUGCAGCAGACCCUUCACGUUCAAACGGCCUCUAGCCUGGAGGAUGCGAAAACGAAGCUUGAUCGCAUCUUACAGAUAGUCAACGAAUGUUUCAAACGAAAAUAUGAUUGGGAGAAGAAGGUCGAAGGCGAGAUGCGCAAGUAUCGCCCUCCAUCGCUGUGCAAAAAGGAUAGCACUGUACUCGCUCAAUUGAUCAAGACUUCGAACGAGCAAGGUGACCAAAAGGACAAGAAUCAAACCGAAGCGCCAGAUGCCGCUACUCGAAAGGAUUGGGACGCCAGCUCGCUGAACAAUAUCCAACGAGACCUACAGAUCUCGCUGAAGGAUCUAUGCGAAGAUAAUUGGUCUUUCUUCCAGUCCAGACUUGAUCUACAUUAAA